AUGACCGGCCAGUUCGUCCGAGCUCUCGGCACCGUCUACCAUCUCAACUGCUUCAGAUGUCAGGAUUGUGGCAAGGUGGUUGCUAGCAAAUUCUUCCCUGUCGACAGCGGUUCGCCCGAUGGAAAAUCUCAGUAUCCACUCUGUGAGACCGAUUACUUCCGGCGCUUGGGUCUUAUCUGUGCCAAAUGUGGCGGAGCCCUCAGAGGAAGCUAUAUCACCGCCCUGGACAUGAAGUUUCACGUCGAGCAUUUCACUUGCUCGGUUUGUCCAACCGUCUUUGGACCUCAGGAUAGCUAUUACGAGCACUCCGGUCAGGUCUACUGCCAUUUCCAUUACUCGACCAGGUUUGCAGUCAAAUGUACCGGCUGUCGGACAGCCAUCCUCAAACAGUUCGUAGAAAUCAACAGGAAUAACACGGACGAACAUUGGCAUCCAGAGUGCUACAUGAUCAACAAAUUCUGGAACAUCAAACUCGCCGUUUCCUCCUCGCACCCUCAAAGCCUCCAACCUGCCGAAAAUGAUCCUCCACAUAGCCACGAUACCAACUCUGAUUCACACUCAAUUGAUCCCUCCUCAUCUACCGCCGUCUCAACUCAAACCAUCAAAAGCUCACAAGCCUCUGGCCAACCUGAAUCUCCUGAAAACUGGCGAAAACAGGAAAAUUAUGAAACACCUCAAACUCUCAAGGAGAAACAGAAACAGAUGGAAGAGCAAGUCUAUCGGAUCUGGACCGUCCUAUCAACCUUUGAAGAAAGCUCUGCGGCCUGUAUCAGUGAGAUGCUCCGUCAUGUCAGCAGCGGUCUCUACCUCGAGGGCGUUCGGAUGGCUGGCAAGUUUGUCCUGCAUGUCGAAACCCUCUUCGCUGCUAUCGAUGACCUAGACGUGAUCUUCCGAAGUAAAAAUGCACCGGAGAUCUCCCACGUCCGAGAAGCCAGGAUGCUUUGUAAAAAAAUUGUCAACUUCUUCUCCCUCUUAUCACACACUCAUGAAACCGGGGCUCGCAAGAUGAGCAUCACCAAGGAGCUCCUCUCUCUCGUCACCGGACUGGCGCAUUACCUCAAGAUCUUGAUUCGAAUCGCUCUGACCAGUGCACUCAAACUAGAGCGCGAAUACUCUGACCGGAAUGGUAUCUUGCAAUUCUUGAGUCGGCUCGACCGUCUAGCAAGAGAUCCGGAUGCCUCGAAAGCCACGACUGGCCAACCAUCUGCUCAACCCGAGCGCACCGGCGCUGCCUCAAGCCAGAACCCCAACCCAUCAUCGGCAAAUGGCAAACUCCGACCAUAUGGCUAUAAAAGCUUGACAAGAGCCGUUGGGACACUGGUCGGAAAGGGCGAAGCAACGACUGACUUGUGUGAGGGGUGUAAGCAAACUGUCGAGGAGGAAUGUGUUCGAUUCGGGACCAGUGCCCGAUGGCAUACGGCCUGUUUGAAAUGUUCGACCUGUCACCGAUCUGCGAGUAAAGCCGACAAGCCCGCCAACCAGCUCACCUCGACCGACCAUCCUAACUCGAGCCAACUACCCCCACUUCCUGUGAAACGAUUCAAGGCUGAUGUCCAACCCCCUCGUGAAGGCACUCGGCUCAAAUUUCUCCAUAUCUACUGCGACGAAUGCGCUUCGAUGGCCAUUCAUACUCAGAACCCCCCCUCUAUCAACUUGAAGGACGGCUUUGAAUCUGUCACUCGUCUCGAACAAUACGCUUUCUUACUCUGUGUUGCCCUGAAUAAAUUGUAUGGCUUGCUCAAACAGCGGGGCAUUUUACCAGCUUCAGCAGACGAUCCCCGUUUCACCCAAAUGAAUGGCGACGAGAGAUCAUUAUAUGAUGCUUAUCGGAACUCAACUGACAUCAAGCGGAUGAAGUCUGUAGAUCUAGAUCGGAAGCUGUCGACUACAGCGCGUAUACCCCAGCGGUCAACUGUAGUAGAGAGCCCGUCAGGACGAGUAGCGCAAGCAACAAGCGAAUCACAACAACAGCAGAACGGUGGUGGACACGGCUCGACAUCGCUAAGGCCGAAUGAACCGACGAUUCGGCAAUCAACUAGUCGCUCCCCCGUUGGUCCCACCCGUCAGCUUCAGGAGCGACCACGCCCCAACAUGACACAUCCCACUCGAGAUCGUGAUUUCGUGAAUCUGCCACGGACCGAGCCCCCUCCUCGCCCACCGCCCACUCACCUCAACCUGAUACCUCAAGGCAAUGGCGCCCACCCAAAUUACCCCUCUUCGUCGACCCUGGUGACCUCUCCUCCAGUGUAUGGGGAUCUGAGUAAGCAACAGUAUGCUUCUGAUGUCCGUCCAGCGCUUGCCCGGAACCUGACCGCAGUCAGGAUCGUCGACGACCAUCCGCCGAACGAGUUGAUAGUCCGAGAUGAACCCCGACUGGGUAGCUCGACCAGUCCGGUCGGCCGAGAGCAGGGGAUCACCCUCGCAGACUUGCCUCGGGCUAUGGAGGCCGAGCAGUUUAAAGAACAGCGAAAACCUCUGCCCACCCAGGUCGCCACCCUUUCUGAACUCUCAGCACUCGAGUCUGUGAUCGUCAAGCACGUCGCCGCGCUGACCCUUGCGAGCGAGAGCUCGGCUAUCAAGGACGACACCUCACUCGACGAACUCUUGGAAAUCAUCGAGGCUCGAAAGGGUAACUUUUGGGGUAAACUGUUCAAGGGUGGUAACGACAAGGCUAAGAUUAAGAAAAAGGGUGUUUUUGGCGUGCCAUUGGACGUCUUGAUCGAGAGACAUGGGGUAGACUCGCUGCUAGGGGCCGGAGCAGGCCAACUACGUGUGCCAAGUUUUGUCGACGACUGUAUCUCGGCGAUGAAGCAGAUGGACAUGUCGGUCGAAGGGGUGUUCAGGAAAAAUGGGAACAUCCGCCGACUAAAGGAGCUCACCGACGCUAUUGAUCGCGACGACUCUAACGUUAACUUUAGCGAUGACAAUGCCGUACAACUCGCCGCCCUCUUGAAGAAGUUCCUGAGAGAUCUUCCCGAUCCUCUUUUGACCUUCAAGUUGUAUCAUUUGUUUAUUGCAUCCCAACGGGUUGACAAUGAUGCCGCUCGACGGAAGACAUUACAUCUGAUAUGUUGCUUGCUACCGAAAGCGCAUCGAGAUACAAUGGAGGUGCUCUUUGUCUUUCUAAAGUGGGUGGCGUCGUUCUCGCACGUGGAUGAGGAGACGGGUUCGAAGAUGGACCUGCAGAACCUGGCGACGGUGAUCACGCCGAAUAUUCUCUAUGCACGUUCGAAGGAUCCGACAAGAGAUGAAUCCUUCCUAGCCAUUCGGGCCGUCCAUGAGUUGCUGGAAUAUCAGGACGAACUGUUUCAGAUGCCUCCAGAGGUCCAUUUGAUCAUGCAAGACCAAGAGCUCCUGAGCUCGAACAUGAAUGAGAUCACCUCCAAAGACAUAUUGAAGCGGGUCGAAGCUCUGUUAAAAGCCAACCAUGGCAAACUGCGCCCCGCGGGGAAAGUGGGCACGGAACAUUACCGGGGUAGGGGAGAAGUGCAGCCACACCGGCCGGACUUGCAUGCCUCCUCGGUGCACCCGACAGAUGGGACGCGGGCCGAGCAGCAGCAACAGCAGGGCCCUGGCCGGCCGGCCGGGGCCCAGUUUGCCAAUGGCCAUCUUGCGGAACCGAACGGCUACCCCGGCUCCCCCGCCCUCGGCCCUUCCACACCGAGUCGACCCCUCGACCCCGCCACACAUCUCCAUCAUCAGCUGCGAGAAUCUGCCAUCAAUUCACCCUCUCACCAACGCCUCAGCUUCCAUCGCGACCAGACCGCUCUCCCUCCCUCCUCCAACGCCCCCCAUCCACCCUCAAACUCUUCCUCUAAACUCCCCUCACCCGCGUCAAUUACUAACCUGCCUCACCCUUAUCCCCCUCAUCCGCCUUCCAAUCCCAAUUCGAAUUCUUCCUUUGUCCCUAACGAUCACUCCUCGAUUGCGCCUUCUUCUUCCUCCUCCGCUCCUGUCAAUCAACGGCCUACCAUUCCUCUCGAUCAACGCUCGAUCAGUUGA